CGCUUGGGCACCCAGGCAUCAUGAGCAGAUCUUUGCAUCCUCUGAGUUUCGUUGUCACUGUGGCCCUCUCUGCGCUCUCUCCAACAUGCCUGGCAUACAUCGCGACCAAAGACAACUGCUGCAUCUUGGAUGAAAGAUUUGGCAGUUAUUGCCCGACCACCUGCGGCAUUGCAGACUUCCUGGCCUCCUACCAGAAUGACGUGGACAAGGACCUCCAGGCUCUGGAAGACAUCUUGUUUCAGGCGGAAAACAGAACCACAGAAGCCAAAGAGCUGAUAAAAUCCAUCCAAGUUGGCUACAACCCGGAUGAACCGGCAAUGCCGAAUAAGAUAGAGAGUGCCACCCAGAAGUCCAAGAAGAUGGUUGAAGAAAUCAUGAAAUACGAAGCACUGGUUCUCACCCACGACUCGAGUAUUCGAUUCCUACAGGAGAUUUAUAACUCAAAUAAUCAGAAGAUCACGAACCUGAAGCAGAAGGUAUCCCAGCUUGAAGCACUGUGCCAGGAGCCAUGUAAGGACACCGUGACCAUUCAUGACACCACUGGGAAAGAUUGUCAAGAAAUUGCCAAUAAGGGGGCCAAACUGAGCGGACUGUACUUUAUUAAGCCUCUGAAGGCUAAGCAGCAGUUCUUAGUGUACUGUGAGAUCGACAGCUCUGGGAAUGGAUGGACGGUGCUGCAGAGGAGAGUUGAUGGCAGCGUGGAUUUCAAGAAAAACUGGAUCCAGUAUAAAGAAGGCUUUGGACACCUGUCUCCUACUGGUAACACGGAGUUUUGGCUGGGCAAUGAAAAGAUUCACUUGAUCAGCAUGCAGUCCGCAAUCCCGUACGCCCUGAGAGUGCAGCUCAAAGACUGGAACGGCAGAACCAGCACUGCAGACUAUGCCAUGUUCAGGGUCGGCCCCGAAGCUGACAAGUACCGCCUGACCUACGCCUACUUCAUUGGUGGAGAUGCUGGUGACGCCUUUGAUGGCUUUGAUUUUGGCGACGACCCUAGUGACAAGUUUUUCACAUCCCACAAUGGCAUGCAGUUCAGUACCUGGGACAAUGAUAAUGACAAGUUUGAAGGCAACUGUGCCGAGCAGGAUGGAUCAGGCUGGUGGAUGAACAAAUGUCAUGCCGGCCACCUCAACGGGGUUUACUACCAAGGUGGCACCUACUCAAAAGCAUCCACUCCUAAUGGCUAUGAUAACGGGAUUAUUUGGGCCACAUGGAAGUCCCGCUGGUAUUCCAUGAAAGAAACCACGAUGAAGAUAAUCCCAUUCAACAGACUCUCCAUCGGAGACGGACAGCAGCAGCACAUGGGGGGAGCCAAACAGGCUGGAGACGUUUAAAAGACCAUGUCAAAGGUGAUUUACUUUUAUAAAGGACUUUAUCUGAACAGAGACAUGUAAUAUUUUUGCUAUGGGACAAUGGACUUUCAAAGCCUCACUUCAUAUUAAGAGUAAAAGGAAC